UCGUCUUUCCAUAUCCUUGCAUUGAUGAUGCAUUGUGCGAGACAAGCCGCCUAAAUAAAGUCGGUUUUUGUUCUGUUUCGCUGUGAAUUAGGUGACUGACUUUGCACGAAGUGUGAAAAUUGUACAAAGCUUGGCAGGAUACAACCAGCAGCGUAGGUAUCGGCCAACAGUUAGCGGUCGAAAAGUGCAAGUGCUACUCCGGAACUCGAACUCCAAGGUGAGCAACUAAUCCAUUCGUUGCACAAUUAUUUCGAGAAAAUGAACCACAACAACAGCAGUCGAUACACCUCGUUCGCGUUUGCCAGUGGAGGAGUCGGUGGCGCCCGAGGGGAACUGAGCAGUGGAAAUUUGAGCAGAACGCUUAGUAGUCCGAUGGCAGAAUCGACACAGCUGGAGAGCAGCGGUAUUCGGGGGAAUCUUUACGGCAGUCCGAUACGACAGGUGGGAGUUGUGAAAAGGAAGCCUACCUCUCCGUUGCAAAAUAGCAAGACAAACUUUCGAAGCAGCGGAAAUCUGACGGCAUCCGGAUCCGGUAUGGAUCGAUUGAUUGAUCCUAAGAUUUACACGGAUGCUCAGAGCCGAGGAUUGGUUAAUCGGUUGGUAAAGUACCACGACAAAACGCAAUCGCCGUUAAACAGGAGUCAGUCGGUGACUAGCCUAUAUUCGAAGCCGGGUCAAUUUCCCGUGGUUCAUUUGAAGAAGACGGAAAUAAAGUAUUCGCCGAGGAGAAACAAUUCUUCGAUAACAUCGGUACGGAUAGCCCCACCCGAGAAGUCCGUGUUUCAGGCUAACACAAGGUCGAACAUUUUACGGGCGGGGUCGUUACUCAUUCCGGCGGAACCUCAUCUGAAGAUGGCCCGUACACAGCAGCAUGAGGAUGAGAUUGAUGCGGAAAACCGUGUGAUUGCACCUUCGACAGAACUGGAAGCGGCCCCAACACGAAGUGUUCUGGAUGCGCUGAAGGAAAUAUCCCGCAAGAGGAUAAACAACGAAGAACUGGAUGCCGAUCGGAUUAAGAAGCAAUGUAAGGAACUAUCGGAGAUUGAUUCAGGCGGAGCUGGUACGAAGCGGGCUCGGGAAAUUACAUCGUCGGCUUCGCCCCCGUCUCGAGGGUCAGCGGAUCAGCAGCUGCAGACGAAAAGAUUAUGUAGUAAAAACAAUGAUAUCUCGAGUUCACUUAGCUCGAGCCUGGUAAUGAACACUCCGAAACGGGUGGAACACGUAGCCCCCCGACCGGCACGAUUAAAUGUGGAUCAGUCUUUCUCGACGCCGGCAACUUUGAAUGCGACGGUUCCAGUUAGCAUGAUUGAGUCGAGCAAACCGGCGAAACUGAGUAGGAUAGAUUCCGCUCCGUUGCCACAGAUUACGAGAAUUGUCCCGGAGUUUCAACCGCCUCUGGCGGAACGUCCGCAACCAAAGCAGCCAAAGCUGACGUUAUUUAACAAGAAGUAUGACGAAACGGUAGUUCGACCCGCCUCCACGGACAGUGAAGAUCAGGAUGAUGACGAUGAACUAGGCGGACGAAUCAGUUUCAUUAAGCCAAAGGAUAAAUCGCCUAUUAUGAGCAGUGACAAGGUUGCUCUAAAGCGGGUCGAGCGCUCGAAAUUGUCGUUGAUUCUGAGCUGUUUGAGUGAUGAUUUUGAUAAAGACGAGGAAUCGCCUAUAGUUACACCGAAGCAGGCUUCAUUUUAUACGGCAGACACCGUGGAUGCAAUGCCUAAGGUUGAGGAGAAAAAAGAAGCGGUUUCCGUCCCGAGAAUGAGCGGAAUUUCAGCAUUGAUGAAUAGUCCAAUCAAGGAUCCUGGUCUAGGUAAAAUUGUUCCACCGAAGCCGGUGGAAAAUAGUAAGAUAAUAGAGCAACCGAAGUCUGCCGCGGGAUUUGCUUUUGGAAGCACGACUGCUACCGUCAGUUCCGCUUCGGUUACGGCGCAGCAAUCCGAUACAUCUUUCUCGUUUGGCACACCCACUAAACCGAUUACUUCUGAAGUUAAGUCAUCGGAAACACCUUCCGGCGGAUUCGUUUUCGGUUUGCCGGCUACCACUUCUACUACUUCCGUCCCCAAAUCAGAUCCGCCACCAACCUACAGUUUCCCAGCAGCAGUCACGACUUCAGCUCCUGCUCAAGUGAAGAUCGAUCCUAUCUCGGUGGCUACAACGGCGGAACCUUCUACAACGACCAACCUUAUAAGUUUCUCCCCAGUUCCGCUGCUGAAGCCACAGACUGAAAAGACUAGUUUCGCUGUUCCAAGCACAACCGCCUCGGUUACUACUCAAUCUACAGCCACGUUCGGCAGUGGUGUCAGCGCCUUCAAGCCACCAGCUACCACAAUAUCUAAUGUAACAGCAACCCCGGCAGUGACAACAAGCGUCACUACGUUACCUGCUUUUGGUAACCCUACAACGAACACCUCGACAGCAAACAACGGAGGAUUUUCCUUUGGAGCAACCGUUCCAAAACCUGUGUCAUCUUCAGCGAAUACCUUCUCAUUCGGUAGCUCCACAAUAAAACCGCCGACAGCAGCCGUAGCUCCAACAACAGCCCCACCAUCAACGACCGCCACGCCUACUUUUGGGGGUUUCGUGAAUGCUCCAACUACAACGACAACCGCUUCAUCAUUCGGACCUGCUACAACGGCUCCAGCAUUCGGCUUCUCUGCAACCACUUCACCGCCUUCCUUUGGAGCUAGCAAUGCCUUUGGAGGAUUCGGUGCCAACAAUGCAGUUCCGACGACCACAGCCUCUUUCGGAGCCACUGCGACCCCUUCAACUACCAGCAGUAACGUUUUCGGAGCCGCGACAGCAACCACUAAAACCGAGGCCCCCAGUUUCGGCCAACCUAACCUUAACUCAACUUUUUCGUUUGGAGCAGCAUCCGAACCGGCGGCUGUAGCCGCAUCUAACUCCGGUGCAUUUUCUUUCGGAGCUGGUUCAUCAAACGUCAGUUCGACAUCGUCGAAUAUCUUCGGAAACGCAAUCAACGCUUCCAGUACUAAUAACACAACAUUCGGAACGAACACUUCUAAUGCAGCACCAUCCUUCGGUACGAUUGGCAAUAACAAUCAGCCGUCGGGUUUUGGAGCACCACCAGCAUCUACUACCAACAGCGGAACGUCCGCCUUCGGAGCCCCUGGUGGUGGCUUCGGUGCAGCGCCUGCUUUCGGUACUGGUACAAGUGGUGCCGCGUCUGCUCCCAGUUCCGUAUUUGGUAACGCUACCUCGACUCUCUCUCCGUUCAGCUCAGCGGCUUCACCAUCAAAUUCUACAAGCGGCGUUUUCGGUGCGGCGAUAGGCUCAUCUAACAACAAUAGCAACAGCCAAACUACAUCCACCAGUGGAGCUUUUACGUUUGGUGGCUCUGCCGCUAACGCUGCUGCUCCCUCCACCAACAAGCCGUUCUCCUUUGGAGGAGCAAAUAACGCCAGCAAUACACCUGCGCCCAUUACCAAUGCCAACAAGACGAGCAGUUUCUCCUUUACAGCUGGUCCAAACACCACCGCGCCACCAUCCACUGCAAUGGUCGGACCAAAUUCAACUUUUGGUUUUUCUGGUGCUUCUAACAACAGCAACAAUAACAACAACCCGAACGCAACAACCCAUCAACCACCAGCUUUCGGAAGCACCAACAGUGCGUUCUCUUUUACGCCCAAUGUCGCUAACAACAACAACAACAACACAAACCAAGCCACAGUAAAACCUUUCUCGUUCGGUGGAGCCACCGCCAACAGUCACCAGGCUACGCCAGCUGCACCAACGGGAGGAAUUUUCGGUGGUGGGGCACCUAUUCCCACCGUGACAUCUCCUCCGGCUUUCAAUUUUUCCGCCGGAACGAAUCCACCCUCCUCAGGUGGGGCUUUCUCGUUCAACAGCCCGGUCGCUCCAACGGCCGCCGCCGGAGGUCCGUUCUCAAUGCCCAACGGGGGAGGAAUGGGUCCAGGUGCUGGCGCACCAAUGUUUAGCAUAGGAACCGGAGGGGGAACCCAACCAAGAAGGACCAUCAAAAUGGCGACUCGGCGACACAAAUGAGGUUAGGAUCGGAGGAACAGUAAAUAGCGCUAAUUUAGAUGUUAUAUAUACAUUAUUUUUGUUCUUGAUUUUUGUAUCAGUGUAUAGGUAUUCUUUAUCUUCUCCUUCGCAUAUUUAGCUUAUGAUUUUUAUGUAAAAUUGUUUUUCUAACGUAAAAACAAAUCGAGCAAAAGCGUCAGCGAAAUUGUUUUCUUUUUCUCGGGCGAGUAUUGGUCGUCUUAAUAAAUUACUCAAAACGUAGAA